AUGACCAGGCCGGCACUGCUGCUGCUGCUGGCCAUUGUCAUUGUCGUUCCACCACCCAACCUCCCGCCGUCCAAUCCGGACAUUGCGACGCUCCUCCAGACGAUCCAGUCGGAGCGCCGCAACCUCGAGGGCGCGCGCGCCGUCAUGCGCGCCGUGCAGGCGUCGAGCCGCAACGAGGCCGUCAUCCAGCAGGCGCAGAACGAGGUGCGCUCGGCGCAGGUGACGAUUGAUUUCCUCGAGGCCGAGCUCGCGCGGUUGCAGCUUGCUGCGUCGUCGGCGGCGGCAGGGCCAACGCCGCCGCCAGCUGCGGCGGGGCCAUCGCAGCACCAGCAGCAACAGCAGCAGCAGUACGGAUACAAUGGCCAGCUGCCGGCGCAGUACCACUCGCCGCGGGUCGACGGCCCCACGGCGCCGCUCAACAUCAACCGCGCGGACCGGGAGCGGCCGCUGCCCCCCCCGCCCGCGGACGACGCGCAGGCCCCCGUCAGGGCCGACAAGAAGACGUCGCAGCUCGACCUGCUCCGCUACGAUGCCCCGCUGAGCGGCGCAAAGAUCACGCGCAUGCUCAACCAGCUCAACUUCAAGCUCCAGGUCGAGGAGCAGUACAAGACGGGCAUUGAAAAGAUGGCCAAUGCGUACCGUGCCGAAGGGGACCGGCGCCUGCGCAACGAAACAGACGCCAAGCGUAUCGAGUCGGACGGCAAGAUUCAGCUGCUUCGCGUCGCCAAGAAGCGCUACGAGAAGCUCGCCAAGUUUGGCUCUGCUGUCGAGGAGGACGAGGACCUCAUUCCUGAUUCCAAGCGCAAGGAGGCCCUCCGCAAGCCCAUCUCGGGUGAACUGGUGAUCAGCCUGAGAGGCGCCCGCGAGCUCAACCACCGCCCCCUGCCACGCCGGUCGUCCAAGGCAUACAGCGAGACGUAUGUGGUCAUCAAGGUCGAGGGUACCGAGCGCGCAGUGUCCAACCUGUCGCGCAACGACCGGUGGCUCGAGGACUUUAGAAUUCCAGUCGAGAAGGCCAACGAGGUCGAGAUCACCAUCUACGACACGGUCGCGCCUGGUGACACGGCGCCGAUCGGCAUGCUCUGGCUCCGCGUGUCGGACCUGCUCGAGGCGCUCCGUCGUCAAAAGGUCGCGGCCGCAGAGGGCGCCGGCGAGGGCUGGGUCACUGCCGACAAGGCCGCCUCGAUGGGUACUAGACAGGGCAGCGCCCCGGACUCGGCGACCCUCCACCAGACGGGCAUGCACAGGCCGCAGGGCGGCCAGGCUGGCGAGCAGAAGAGCGAGGGGAUUGAUGGCUGGUGGUCGGUCGAGCCGGCGGGUGCCAUCUCGCUCCGCCUCGACUUUGUCAAGGACAGCGCCGCUGGCGGCCGCCGCCCGUACGAAGCCCUCGGCCGUCAGGGUGCCGUGCGCAAGCGCAAGGGCGACGUGCACGAGAUGAACGGCCACAAGUUUGUCCAGCGCCAGUUUUACCAGCCCAUCAAGUGUGCCCUCUGCGAGGAGUUCCUCCUCACCGGCGAAGGAUACCAGUGCGAAGACUGUCGCUAUGCCUGCCACAAAAAGUGUUACCCCAAGGUGGUCACAAAGUGUGUCUCAAAGUCGGACAUGGACGGCGAGGGCGACGAGGAGAAGAUCAACCACCGUAUCCCUCACCGCUUCCAGGCCUACACCAACAUGUCGGCAAACUGGUGCUGCCACUGUGGUUACAUGCUGCCGUUUGGACGCAAAAACUCGGUCAAGUGCACAGAGUGCGACAUUACCUGCCACCAGACAUGUUCGCGUCUGGUUCCAGACUUUUGUGGCAUGACCAUGGAGAUGGCAAACACGCUCCUCAAGAACCUGCGCGACAUCAAGACGACGCAGGGAACAAAGCCUCCCAAGACCACCUACAACACGCACACACAUCAGCCUUCCAUCACGUACACGCCGCCCAAGCAGGAGGUGACGCCGCCGGCUCGGCCGCCACCACCGCCCGAUGCCUUUGGCGACCCCCGACCUGCACCCCAGGGACCCCCUCAGCUGCCAACUUCGCAGUCGUACAACAACUAUGCUUCGAUCCAGCCGCCAUCGUCCCCGUCCAGACCGCCGCGCCCAUCAUCCGACACGCAGCAGCAGCAGCAGCAAGUCCAGCACCGCCUCAGCUUUGAUGGCCGGGACCAGCAGCGCCCUAACCUCGAGAUCAACACGAAUCCCCCGCGGGUCACAACAUCGCCGCAGCCUCCCCCCCAGCAGCCUCAGCAGCCGCCUCAACAGCCGCAGCUGCAGCAGCAGUACCAGCCCCCUACCCAGCAGCAGCGCCCUCAACCCGCUGCCGGUGGCUACAAGCCCCCGACGUCGAUGCCCGGCCUCACGCAGACCCCCACGACCCAGACGGCAACGGCGCCUGGCCGCCCGGCUCCUCCCGCCGCCCAGAUCGCACCAUGGGCCGCGGCAGCUUAAACAACCCACGUCUAGACCUCAUUUCUGCAAUAUUUUUUGAUUCACCUGUUACCCUAGGCACGACUACAACCCCUUGCAUCGUUGCAUCGCUGCUCUGUUGCGCCGGCGAACACGGCGAGGACGGAAAAGCGACGCGGCGGAGGGGGAAGAGGUGGUGGCGGGCGGCGGCGGCGGCAGCAGUGACUGCACUUGCACAAGCUACGGAUGAUGGAGUAAUGCCCGCGGGAUGUGCGGGGUGCGGUCGUGUGAGAGUGGUCGUGGGGUCGUAGAGAGAGAGAGAGAGAGAGAGA